AGGGGCUGGUGAGCCGAGGAGCAGGGGUGUGGCCAGCGGGGGCCCUGGGGAGUGAGUCACACACACACUCUGCUCGCCCAGUCCCGGGGCCCAACACGGUCCGUCCCAAGGCCGAGCUACUGCACAGCCCGCCCGAAGAAGAGUGUCCCGGGGUCUGGCAUGAGGACCGUGGGGAGGGGCUGCAGCCGGGUUCUGUGGUGCGGGCGGACAGAAUGACCGAGAACAUGAAGGAGUGCUUGGCCCACACCAAGGCGACUGUAGGGGACAUGGUGACAGUAGUGAAGACAGAGGUCUGCUCACCACUCCGGGACCAGGAGUAUGGCCAGCCCUGCUCUAGGAGACCGGAGCCCGCUUCCAUGGAAGUUGAACCCAAGAAGCUGAAGGGAAAGCGUGACCUCAUUGUGACCAAAAGCUUCCAGCAAGUGGACUUCUGGUUCUGUGAGUCCUGCCAAGAGUACUUCGUGGAUGAGUGCCCGAGCCACGGUCCCCCCGUGUUUGUGUCUGACACGCCAGUGCCUGUGGGCAUCCCGGAUCGGGCAGCCCUCACCAUUCCACAGGGCAUGGAGGUGGUAAAGGAACCUGGUGGGGAGAGCGAUGUGCGGUGUAUAAAUGAGGUCGUCCCCAAGGGCCACAUCUUUGGCCCCUAUGAGGGGCAGAUCUCUACCCAGGACAAGUCAGCUGGCUUCUUCUCGUGGUUGAUUGUGGACAAGAACAACCGCUACAAGUCCAUAGAUGGGUCAGACGAGACCAAAGCCAACUGGAUGAGGUACGUGGUCAUUUCCCGGGAGGAGAGGGAGCAGAACCUCCUGGCAUUCCAGCACAGCGAGCACAUCUACUUUCGGGCAUGCCGAGACAUCCGGCCUGGAGAGUGGCUGCGGGUCUGGUACAGCGAGGACUACAUGAAGCGCCUGCAUAGUAUGUCCCAGGAAACCAUCCACCGCAACCUGACCCGGGGCGAGAAGAGGUUGCAGAGAGAGAAGGCUGAGCAAGCCCUGGAUAAUCCAGAAGACCUAAGGGGUCCUGUGUUGAGACAGGGCAGAAGUCCCUACAAGCGGAGCUUUGAUGAGGGGGACACGCCCCCUCAGGCCAAGAAGAAGAAAAUAGACCUCAUUUUCAAGGACGUACUAGAAGCCUCACUGGAGUCCGCUAACGUGGAAGCCCGCCAACUGGCCCUGAGCACCUCUCUGGUCAUCCGGAAAGUCCCCAAGUACCAGGACGAUGGCUACGGUCGGAGUGCAGCUGCCAUGACACAAGGCAUACAGAAUAUCCGCCGGACCCAGGGGGAAGGGGACUGGAAGGUCCCCCAAAGGGUGGCCAAAGAACUCGGCCCAUUGGAGGAUGAAGAGGAGGAGCCUACGGCAUUCAAGGCUGACAGCCCUGCUGAGGCCUCUCUGGCAUCCGACCCCCAUGAGCUACCCACCACCUCCUUUUGCCCUAACUGCAUUCGCCUGAAGAAGAAAGUGCGGGAACUGCAGGCAGAGCUAGAUAUGCUUAAGUCUGGGAAGCUGCCUGAGCCCCCCAUUCUGCCACCGCAGGUACUGGAGCUCCCUGAGUUCUCAGAUCCUGCAGCCUCAGAGAGCAUGGUCUCUGGCCCCGCCGUCAUGGAGGAUGACGACCAGGAAGUGGACUCUGCAGAUGAGUCUGUCUCCAACGAUGUGAUGACAGCCACGGAUGAACCCUCCAAGAUGUCCUCCGCCACCGGACGCCGCAUCCGGCGCUUCAAGCAGGAGUGGCUGAAGAAAUUCUGGUUCCUUCGCUACUCCCCCACCCUCAACGAGAUGUGGUGCCACGUGUGCCGCCAGUACACGGUGCAGUCCUCGCGCACUUCCGCCUUCAUCAUCGGCUCCAAGCAGUUUAAGAUCCACACCAUCAAGCUGCACAGCCAGAGCAACCUGCACAAGAAGUGUCUGCAGCUGUACAAGCUGCGCAUGCACCCGGAGAAGACUGAGGAGAUGUGCCGCAACAUGACCCUGCUCUUCAAUACCGCCUACCACCUGGCCCUGGAGGGCAGGCCCUACCUGGACUUCCGACCGCUGGCAGAGCUGCUGAGAAAGUGUGAGCUCAAGGUGGUAGACCAGUACAUGAACGAGGGGGACUGCCAGAUCCUCAUCCAUCACAUCGCCCGGGCACUGAGGGAGGACCUGGUCGAGCGCAUCCGUCAAUCACCCUGCCUCAGCAUCAUCCUGGAUGGGCAGAGCGAUGACCUUCUAGCGGACACAGUGGCCGUCUAUGUGCAGUACACCAGCAGUGACGGCCCCCCCGCCACGGAAUUCCUAUCUCUGCAGGAGCUGGGCUUCUCCAGCACAGAAAGCUAUCUCCAGGCGCUUGACCGAGCCUUUGCUGCUCUGGGCAUCCGCUUACAGGACGAGAAGCCGACCGUCGGCCUGGGAGUGGAUGGGGCCAACAUCACCGCCAGCUUGCGUGCCAGCAUGUUCAUGACCAUCCGCAAGACACUGCCCUGGCUGCUGUGCCUGCCCUUCAUGGUGCACCGGCCCCACCUUGAGAUCCUGGAUGCCAUCAGUGGCAAGGAGCUGCCCUGCCUGGAGGAGCUGGAGAACAACCUGAAGCAGCUACUCAGUUUCUACCGCUACUCGCCACGUCUCAUGGGUGAGCUGCGCUCCACGGCCUCCACCCUGUGCGAAGAGACCGAAUUUCUGGGGGACAUCCGUGCCGUGAGGUGGAUCAUUGGUGAGCAGAAUGUCCUGAAUGCCCUCAUCAAGGACUACCUGGAAGUGGUGGCCCACCUCAAGGAUGUCAGCAGCCAGACACAGCGGGCAGACGCUUCAGCCAUAGCCCUGGCCCUGCUGCAGUUCCUCAUGGACUAUCAGUCCAUCAAGCUCAUCUACUUCCUGCUGGAUGUGAUCGCGGUGCUCUCACGCCUGGCCUACAUCUUCCAGGGAGAGUAUCUCCUGGUGUCCCAGGUGGACGACAAGAUCGAGGAGGCCAUCCAGGAGAUCAGCAGGCUUGCAGACUCCCCGGGCGAGUACCUGCAGGAAUUCGAGGAGAAUUUCCGAGAGAGCUUCAACGGGAUCGCCGUAAAGAACCUCAGGGUGGCCGAGGCUAAGUUCCAGUCCAUCAGGGAGAAGAUCUGCCAGAAGACACAGGUCAUUCUGGCGCAGAGGUUCGAUUCCCGAAGCCGGGUCUUCGUGAAGGCCUGCCAAGUGUUCGACCUGGCCGCCUGGCCCAGGAACAGCGAAGAGCUCCUGAGCUUCGGCAAGGAAGAUAUGGUUCAGAUCUUCGACCACCUGGAAGCCAUUCCUACCUUCUCCCGGGACGUGUGCCGGGAAGGGGUGGACCCCCGGGGGAGCCUGCUGAUGGAGUGGAGAGACCUCAAGGCUGAUUACUACACCAGAAACGGCUUUAAAGACCUCAUCAGUCACAUCUGCAAGUACAAGCAAAGGUUUCCGCUCUUGAACAAGAUCAUUCAGGUCCUCAAAGUCCUCCCCACCUCCACUGCCUGCUGCGAGAAAGGCCGUAGUGCCCUCCAGCGGGUCCGCAAAAACCACCGCUCCCGCCUGACCCUGGAGCAGCUCAGUGACCUGUUGACAAUUGCUGUGAAUGGACCACCCAUCGCCAACUUUGAUGCCAAGCGAGCUCUGGACAGCUGGUUUGAGGAGAAGUCUGGCAACAGCUACACACUGUCAGCCGAGGUCCUCAGUAGGAUGUCUGCUCUGGAGCAGAAGCCCAUGUUGCAGGCUCUGGACCACGGCUCUGAGUUCUACCCAGACAUGUAGGGGGCCUGCACUGCAGAGGUCACAAAGCCGGUGAAUAUUUUUUUAAUCUAUACUCAUAAGCUUUGAUAUAUUAUAUAAAUAUAUAUUAUAUUAUAUUAUAUAUAUAUAUAUAUAUAAACCCACACUGAAAAUUUUUUAAAAACCAAGGUGAUGUGUCCACCGGAAGCUACUGACAGCUUUCAGAAAGGAGCAAUGUCGGCAAUGGACUCUUGCCUCCACACUCGGCAGCUGCAGCCUACGUGGCAACUCAUCUUCACUCACAGGAGCGUGUUUGGGGGGCCACACGUGUUCCCACCAAACGGUCAAAGCGGCAUAAGCUAAAUGGCGAUUCUCUUUGUCACUUUUAGGUGGCUUUGUUCUGUUUCUGUCUUCAUGUAUCGGUUGAGGGGCUGGGGUUUGGGGUGACGCUCUCGCCUUCUCCUUUUUGGUAUGGUUUUAGGACUACGGGGUGGGGGCUUGUGGUCUCCUCAGUGACAUUCUGUUCCGGUCCAGUUACAUUGCGUCCGGGUUUCCAUGGGGUGAAUUUCGGAUUUCCGGACCGGACUCUCUGGCCUUCCUCCCGUCACUUGGCUCCAGCUUGGGAGCUCUUUCUUGUUCAUUUGUCCAGAUGGACACGUCACUUGUCCCAACAGCCAAUGUAUCAGUCCCCCUCAACUGUGAACCCACCACACUCCUCCAUGGCGCCCUCCCUUCCCUCGGCUGUCGGUUCCCUUCUCCAGCCUCUGGAGGCUAACGAUAUCAGCAGUUACACUGAAGACAACUUUCCUUUUUCACAUUUGAGCUUGAAAUCUGGUGAGCAGGGGAGGAGUACGUUUUGUGCCCCAGCAGAGGAUAAAACAUUAUAUUUCCAUUCAGAUGUAGGGCUGUUGGGGAAGCAGUGAGCCGAGAAAUCUAAACCCCAACAGGACUGCAAUAUUGGCUAAAAACAAGUAAGGUGAAAAGUGUAUAUUUAACUUCCACCAAUUACUUGUAUUUUGUCUUUAUAAUUAUGAAAUGUGGUGGUGGUGGGGGUUGGGUUUCUUUUAGUGAUCAAGGAGCAGCUGUUUUGUCGUCCAAGGGCAGAAUCCGUCAGUGCAAGUCAAGUCCUGGGCUGUACAGAAGUCAGAUGAGCGUCCAUAGAGAGGCUGUUCCUUUUGCAACAGGCUGAUGGUAUGCUUGCUCCGCAGCCCGGCAGAAAGGUCACACAAUGCCGGACAGAGUUUCUCUUGCCUGUGAACUCUUCCUAUUUUGGAUAGAGUUGAGCUAUCCUAAAGAAAAGGAGAAAACAGGAAGUGAGACAGGAUUCUCAAGGUACAAACAUGUAUGCACACCUACACACACACACACACACACACACACACACACACACACACACACUCUGCAGCUACAGUAUAAGCUUUAGAAAUGGCCGCUUGCCUCCCCCGACCCUGGGGGCAGACAGGGGCUUAAGCUAGAGGAGUCUGACCAAUGUUCACUUAUCUACCAGUAUACCUCGAAAAGAGUUUUCAGAAACGUGCGUGAGCUGUCGUAAACUUCCUCCCUGUCUCCACAUCCAAUCUGUGCAGUCUAUGCAGAUCCCAGAAUGUGGAUCUGGGUUGUCUAUGGGGAAGGGAGGGAUAUCUGAAGUACCUGCCCAUGGUCAGUUCUGCAGAGAACUGUAUCUCUCCUUCAGUGGGGGUAUUAGAGAUCUAACCACAGGCAAGGCCCCCAUGCCCUCAACCUGCCUAGCUGGGCCUACAACUCUGUGGUGGCUUCCUUCCGUCUGGGUUCGUCUCGUCUCUGAGGCCUCAUGGAAAUGUCAUUAACACUGAACAUGUUGCUACCCUUUCCUGGUUCUGCAGUCUGUCCGUCCUCCCUCAGAUCCUCCCUUUUGCCUCCAUGGUCUUGGUGCUAAGAUAACUUUAGAAUCAUUGCUGCUAGCCAAUAGCUUUUCAUGAUAUAAAUAUAUUAUAUAUAUAUAUAUUAUAUUAUUUUUGAAAUGUUUUUGUUUUCAAGAGUGAUGUAGCAUGUUAAAACAAGAAACAAAACUAAACAAACAAAAAGCUGGGUCUUUCCAACUGUCCCACUGCCAGGUCUCUUAUGCCGCCUUCUUCAACCAGUUGAGAUACCCUGCCUGGUGACCUUCAUCCCUCACCUCACUCUGGUCCCCAUCUCAACUCCUCGUCCUCUGAGCAGGGAGAGUUAGCAGGAACUAGGGAAGGAAACCCCAAAGCCCCCUUCGGAGGCCGGGGAAUCCCCAGCCUCAUCCCACUUGCCGGCUCUGAGCUGGUGUCUCCCUCCAUCUGCUCCUCCCGCUCCUAGCCAAAGCCUAGCUGGAGCCACAUGGGCCGCCGUUGUGAAGCACAAGGUCUCCCACUUGCCCGGCUCCUGCCCUGGGACCUCACCUCCUCACAGACACAGACUUUGCUCUGCGGAGUUUUCAUUGAAAGCCGAAUGGACCAAGGUGGGUUCAGAGUAGAGAUGGCUGGGAAGGCAGGUGGGUCUCUCGUGGGCAGCCUGCGGGCAUAAAUGGUGGCCUGGGCCUUUCCUCUUGCCAACAGUUGCCUUACAUGUCUCCUCCCCCGCACAGGGGGCUUCCUUCACCUGGGAAGGGUCCUCUCCAGGAUGGCCCUUGGCCAGACAUGAAACCAGGACUGACUGUCCCCUCCCAAGAGGUUGUGGCUGAGCAAACUCCAGGCCUCAGCCACAGAGACAGGUUCUGACAUCCCAAGCCAGUGUUACCUGAACCUCUUUAAGGCGCCCAGGAGCAGUGGACCUGCCUUGAGGCUUCCAUGAAUGAACUGUUCCCACAGCACGUGGCUGCUAACAGUUGCCGAUUCUCUGGUCCUCUGUCUCCCCCCACCCUACCCCUGUUCUCUGCUGCAAUGGCCUCUGCCUCAGAGCCGCUGAGGAGCUGAGCUCUCGUGCUCUCUCGUGCUGUCUUACAUUCGGCUAGGUGCCUCUGAAACUCUGGGAGCUGGUGACUCUGGUUUUGCCUCAGGAUGAUGAGUGACUAAGGAACGAUGUGGAUGAACCCCACACACAGUCUUUUCUCAGCUUGGAUGCUCCCUGGGAGGGCCAGGGCUUCUGCCUAGUGAAUUUCGUUUGUGAGGCCCUGUGAUUUCAGGCCUAGGCAUUUCUCAUGCACCCCUUGGAGAAGGGCUCGGGUUGAGACCCACACUUCUGGUCUGCCCGGCUCUCCUCCUAUCUCGGCUGGUGUAACAGACUGUGGAGAGUCGGCCUAGCAGCAUACAUGCAGUUGUUUCUGAUGGGACAGGGCCCUGUAACCCAGUCCCUGGUGCAGAAGUGAGAGUCAUGGGCAUAGAAUGAAUAUGUCUGUGGGGCUGGCACUUAUUCACUCUGGGGUGACUAAUAGUGACUUUCAUUGGCUCACGGUGAGAAUAGGAGGUGAGAUGGUAUUGAAGAUUGGGGUUGGUGGCUGUUGUGCCAACCGGGUACCAUGCAGAACCAUAUGGUUGAAAUGUUCUCCUGAGCAAAGGGAAGCAAUGACCACUUAGCAUGUGUGAGACAGGAGGCCUGCUCAGCCCCGUGGGCAGCUCCUGCCCAGGGAGAAUCCCUGCAGGGACAGCCGAGUCCAGGCGUCAGAAGUGGCAGCACUUUAGUUUUGUAAUGUCGGCUUGUGGCAUCUCACGAUGCCAGGUGUGUCCGCCUCGCCCCAUCCUCAGUGGGGGAAUGAGAGCCCACUGAGCUCCAGGACCCUCUGUAGCCACGUUCUUCCCGGAGCCCUUGAGUGUGAGGUGCCUGGAGCUCCUGCCCCCUGCUCAGGCUCCGUGUUCCCAACUUGAGUUGGUUUGCUGAGGUUUCUCGUUGGCUCGUUUGUACCAGGCCUUUGAUUUUGCGCAAAGACCCUGGAGUGACUUAAAACACUUCCUAAGUGUUUUUCAUUUGUUUGGAGGAAGAGAAAUGGAGGAAGGUGUGAAGGUGGACAUGGCCGUAGAGGGAUGGAAAUGGACUUGAGAUGUUACCCAGCCCGAGCUUGUGGGCUGCAUCCUGUUUCUGCCUACCUGGAGCUAGAUGGGGACCAGGAGAGGCCACAUGGGUUGAAGUCUGAUUUCUGUCUUCUAGAACACUCCUUUGUUUUUCACUUCUGCCUCCAGGGAAACAAGAAUUUGGCAUCCUAACCUGUUUUCAGGGUGUGGUCUGUGCUAAGUCACAGGUCAGAUCUGUGCUUUUUGUGUGUGUGUGGUCCAUGCACCCCCUUUGGGCAUAGGCCCCAGGUUCACUGGAGGGGAUGUGUGCCCUGGGUGCCCUUUAAGAGGCAGCCCAGUCAGACUGGGCUAGCAACUACAGCAGGGAGCGUGGUCCUCCAGAGUGAGGAGAGGCAGGCACAGCAGGCAGUUCAAGUGGGAUCACUCCUUUGUACACUGCCCUGGGUUCUAAUCUGACCGUUCCUCCAAUCCUUGAGGGAAAAAGUGCAUCAGAUGUACAUGGUCCUUCUCGGAGGAACGCCCUUCUCCAGUCCUCUGUCAGUCAGGGCACUUUUAAGAGUCUUUGAGGUAAUCUUUGCAUGUUAGUCCGAGGGAGUUAAAGUGCCCUUUGGAGAGGAAAAUAGUAUGGCCCUCCUCUUCCAUUAGCACGCUCUCCCCUUCCCCAAUCCCUUCAAAUAGUAUCACCCUAGAAAUACCUAUGCAAUCCAGUCCCCCUGGGGAGGCUGUGCAUGGAGGCAGGGGUAUGUGCAGUGUAUCAUACUGAUGCUAAGGCAUAUCAAUUGUAUAUACUGACAUAUACAGUACGUAUACACGGCAGAGUAAGAGUAAAUCACGUCUAUAUAUCUAUAAAUAAUAUCCUAUAUAUUUAUACAUUUCUAUGUUUUAAAUAGAUAUAAAAUAGUCUAUAGAGCUGGAAAGGUGGUGGGAAAGCCUGGUGCUGGGUUGGGAACGGGGAGGAGACAGCUCUGGAGGGGAGGUGGGAAUGCUCACUAGGCUGGAUUGCUGGCUACUGCGGGGCAUCUUCCUUGGGGUGUUGGAGAGGAGGGUGGCCGGGUCCCAGCUCUCUCCAUGCACUUUCUCUCCUUUCCAGCCAGCGCGGGCUGAGGUUGGAAGGAGAUACCCCUGAGGUCCAGCUGCAGCAGCCCCUACCUCCCCCUACCGCUGGCCUGCACUUAGCUGGUCAUUGCUGCUUGGCAGUAGGGGGUUGGACUUGGUCCCUGACGCCUAGUGGAGAGACCUCUGCACAAACUCCCCAAUACCCUCGCCUAUCAGGAGUGAGCGGCGUUGAUGGCAAUAGAAAAGGAGUACCUGGGAUGAACAGAUGUCCAGAAAGAUGUCAUCCCAACCUCCCAAAUGCUUCUGUCCACCCCCUAGAGGCCAAGCCUCUGAAGUUAGCCGUCCUGGCCUCCUCCACCCGUUCAACCACUGUCUCUAGAGCACCAGGAGUUGAGGAAGGCAGCGUGAGCUUUAGGAAGUGCUGCCUCUCCCCAUCCAGAGGCCCCACCUGGUGGAAGAGAUAUAUCUGCACACUGACAUUUUCAAUGGCAACUCAAGUUCAGGAGCUGGGCCUUGGCCCAGCACACUCUGCGCAGCCGCAGCUGCUGGCUGUACUCAGGACAAUCUGUCCCCUCUUCCCAAACCAACCAAGCAGCCCAAGCCACUUCUGCUGUGACAGCAGGUUUAGGUUUAGUUCACAAACACUGUUCUCAUUCUGUGACUGGAUGCUCAAGCCCACUCUCUCUGGGGGAGGGUAUCUUCUUCAGCUUGUUCCCAGAUACCCACCUCCCCAGCAGGGUGGGGGUGCCUGGGGCUCCAGGGAGUCUGGCCAGCUGGCAGCAUGGCAGAGGGCUUGUGCAGCCCAGAUGGGAGUCUGAAGCCUACUGCUCCCAGUGUCCUCUAUCCCCUUCCCUCUCCUGGAAGCAGAAGAGGUCUGAGGACAGGUACCCUCCCUGCUCUCCAGACCAGCCUGCCUUUGGGCUCCACAAACACACUCAUUUCCCAUUCCGAGCCUUCGCGGGUCUUCCCUGCUCUUCCUCACCAUCCUACCAACGGACCUCAGUCUCCAGCAGACCAGUCCCAUACCACAGUUGAGACCAGGUCUGCUCUGCCAAUGCCCACUUCCUUGAGCCACAGCUAGCUGCCAACUGGGCUGAACACCCUCUAGUGCCUGGCUCAAUGGAGUUCAGGACCAAUGGCCCGAGCCUUUCUCCCACCACAGUGGGUCAGAGCCUGGCCAGGGGAUAGGCAUUCCCAGUAGCAAUCCCACAAUGCACUGUACCUCAGAGAGAGAGAAAACGUUCCACAGGGCACCGAGGGGACCAGCCUCCAUGCAGAGGGGGCAACCGCUCACCAUACUGCUCAUAAGAAGACAAAGGCCAGGAUGUCCUAGAGGCAUCCCUCCGUCUAUCCUUUGGCCUCUCUGGAAGAACCAGUAGUCUUUUUUAGCCCUGGUCUCUCUCCUCCUCUCCACCCCCAAGCUGCUGAACCAUUUUCAUGUCAAUCACAAAGAAAAAAAUAAAGUGGGGGUGGGGGGGAAUUCCUAGGAGCCUAUUACUACAUACAUAUUAAUAUGUUAAUACUUUCUUUCUUAAAAACAACUCUCAAUGUUAUUAUUUGGCAGACUGUGCUUUAUAGUACCUGUGUGUUGGGGGCUAGAACACUGGAUACAAAUAGAGCUAUGCUGGUUUAUAAUCUGUAUGCAGAGUCUUUCCUUUUGUCACAUUAUCCUCGUAAUGUAAGAAGAUUAUUAAUAAAAGCAUUUAAAUUGAUG